ACUACUGUUCAAAAGUACGAGAAGAAUAACAUGGAGUGCAUUCAUUUUAUUUGAGCUGAAUUUGGCUAUAUCUGUUAGAAAUCAACGAAAUAAUAAUAACUGUAUCCGAAGCUGACUAACAGGAUACCGAAUAUCAUUUUCGCUUCACGUGUGUAUCAAAAAUCUGCCUAUUAUAGAUCAAAUUUUUUUUGAUUGCACAAUGACCAAACUUUAUGAGCGAUAAUAAAGCGACAUGUGACUACUCGAUAUAUUAAUUUACUGUUCUUCUGAGUAGUUAUUCACUAUUUUUUGUAGUUAACAGACACUUAAACUUUUUUUAUUGAAAUUGACUCUUGAAGCUUUGACUUCAGUUAAAUUUUGACAUUGAUUCUUUUUUAUCGAACGUUUAACAUUCCGGUGGAAACUUCGCCGUUUAAAUCCCCGCAAUACUUGUAUUCUUUCAGAAUAAAUUUAUACAAAAUUUCAGAAUGUCUGCAGUUCAAGCUCUUCAAAAUGUGUUAGAAGAAUGGAAGAACUCUAGAGAAAAUAGAGAUGGCUACUUGAAAUGUUUAAAAUCUAUAGGAAAUAUACUGCAAGAACAUUACCUUAGUUAUUUGAAAAUGGAUCCCGAUCCGAAUGAUGAAAGACACCCCUUGAAAAUUAAAAAAGAAUCAUUAUAUGCCUCUAUGUUAGAAUAUUUGACAAAGGAAGAUGAUUUCAUGAAUAGCAUAUAUACAAACUAUGUCCUUGACAAUGAAAAUGACGAAGAGGUUCUUAUAGCAGCGUCUUGUGUUAGCAUCAUGCUGAUGCCUGCUUUAGAUCAUGAACUAAUGAUUAAAGACGAAAAGUGUGAAAGACUAGUAAAAAAGCUCUUUAAAACAUCUUUAGAAGAUAGGCCAGUGAUUUCUUAUUUUACAACUGCAUUUUUGAGUAUUUACAUAACAGAUUCAAAUCUCUUUGCAACAUUUCGAGAUGAGACAAUUUCUUUAAUAAAGCUCGCUGUAAACAGAUUAAAGAGUUUACAGGGAAACAUAGAAAAUUGUGAGCCACCAAAUAAAAGAGUCAAAAUUGAAAGACCAUUUGCAAUGUUUGGAAAAUCAUCCAGCUCUAAACCAAUAUCGUCUUCACCAAAAGUAAAACCCUACAUAAUUGAUGCUGAACAUUCGAAUUCGUCAUGGCUAGAGCAGAAGGCACUAAUGGUUCCAGAAUUUAGUUUACAUGCUCCAUUAAGUGAUAGUAUGAAACAAAGGCUCCUGUUAAAAUUUAUGGCGCCUGUCUCUGAAUAUCAGGAUGUUGUUGGGAUAUUACUUGAAAAAGAUAUUAUUCAAAUAGUGUUUAAUUAUAUAAAUAUGGCAGAUAAGGAUAUUGGACUUGUCUUAGAUGGUUUAAAAGUACUUAGUUGCUUACUAUGUCAUAAAAAGAUUGCCAGUUCAGUGGUUGACUAUCUUGUGCAACUGUUGGAUGUUCCUAUUCCAUCAACGGCUGCCACUAUGGUUCCAUGUUGCAUAUAUUAUACCUGCUCUUUCCAAGAUAUUCUACGGACACUAUGCACUGUACCUAAUAGAACAUUAGUAAGACAGAUACUCGACUAUACUUUAUCAGCAAUGGAUAAGCUACAUCUAUCUGCAAAAGUUUACUCAGCUAUGUUCCUGCAAUCAGCUUUUUCAUUUAGAUACUUUUUAGAUCAGUUUGAUCAGUUUGGAGGAUUGAGAACUCUGUUGAAUUUGUUAAGCACCCUUAAAGAACAUGCAUUCAAUCCCGAAAAACAAGAUGAAAUGGACGUACUUCAACAAGCUAUUGAGCAGGUUCUCCAAGCUCUAAAGAGUUAUGUGCAGACUCAUUUAGCUAUUCGAGUCAACCAGUUGGAACGUCAGAAAUCACGAAACGAUAGAUCAGAAUCUAUUCCCGAUUUGCCUUACAACAAACCCAUUGACCUGAGUUCUGAGGCUGUUGAGGAACAGAUUGAAUUUCUUCAAAAUGAGCUACCUUUAAAGGCUAGGUGGACACCUAUUUACGAAUUAAUAAGUAAUGGUCAUAUAGAUAACUUGUGCCGCCUACUAACUGCCGUAGCUGAUUGGAGUGACUAUGCCAGAAGAGAUGAAGUACUAACUUGUCUAAUUGAAAUUUUAUCUGUUUGUUCAACUGUUUUGAGAGCUCAAUUGACCAUGCUAAAUAAUACUUCUGAGGAUGACUCGUAUAAGAAUGCGUUUGCUGUUCUUUUUGGUUUAAUUGACAAUAGGGAAGUGGAACAUGAACAUGAUAAUUUUGAGGUUCGAAAAGCAGCUUUAUCUCUUAUAAAAAAUUGUGUCUCAUCUCCGGUUAAAGCUGGUUCAUAUCAUGUAAUGAGAUAUGGUAUAACACCAAAGAAAAAACUAAAGUCAACUCCAACACCUAAAAAACCCAAAUUCGAAAUUCUCCAAAAGAUGUGGCAAGCUUUUCGAGAUAAUGCAGGAAUUUUUUGCUUGUCCCAGUACUUGGAAGCGAUCAAUCAUACCGACGAAACUAACUUAGCUCUGCAAACUCUUGUUGUUAAAUGUUUUAUUGGACUAUCAAGAUGUUCUUCGAUUAAGCAAAUUCUAAUUAAACUGCCUUUAUUUAAAGAUAAUUUAAAGCAAAUUACUGAAAAUGCUGCCAAUUUAGAUUACAAAGGUCAAUAUAAAAAGUUCGAUGAAUCAGUGAAAAAACUCUUAAAAUGUUUGGAUGACGGAAAAAAGAAACGUUCCAAAACUCACGUGACUUUUGAUGACAACGAGCUGUUACCUUUAAUACACAAGUUUUUAAAAGAAAAAGGCUUUCAGAAAACGGUAACAGCACUACAAACUGAAGAAAAAGAAAAAAAACAUAAAGUUUUGGAUAAGAUGGACGAAUUCGUAAAAUAUCAGUUGGAAUCCAAUACACCUAAGUUAGAGGAAAAAGAACGAAAAUCAAAGAAAUCAGAAAAGCUUUCAAAACAAGUGUGUCUCGACGAAAGAAAACUACUAAAAGUAUCUGAAUUGGAAGAUAUACCAAACAAAAGAGAAACAAAACCGUCAAAAAUGACAAAAAAAUUAUCAGAUUUAGGUGAUUUGAUGAACUCUCAAGAAGAGAACUCAAGAGAAAGAACGGAUUCCGACGAAAACUCCCAGAAAUCGAUAGUUAAAUCUUUGAAAAAUGAUGCAGACGAUGACAAAUUCAAUCAAGAAAAUAUGCCAAAACCAGUCAGGAAAUUAAAAAUAGUUGAAAAAUUUCUCUCUCCAUCUACAAAGUUAUACGAAUCUUCUCCCAUUCGAAGAACAUCAUCUCAAACACCAGUUAGUAUGAGGUUACAAGAUGUUGUAAUGGAUUAUCUAGAAAAACAACAUGCUGAAUGUAAGAAACCCAUGCAUACCUGCCCGCCUUUUAAUUUUUCACGACCUCAUUCAUGCCCUAUUGCAAACAAACACUUGAUGGAUUCCGAUUUAAAUAUCACUUUAAGAUUAAAUGAUAGACGCUCGGGUGGUACUCUUAGAUGUUAUAAAAAGAACUUGCGAAGACAUGAAAGAACUUGGAAAUGGAAUCGACUAAGAUUUUUCCAUCAUUUUUCAACAGAAGAACAGGACGGAAUGAUCAAUCAAGAGGAUAUAUUCAGUUCCUGUGGCUUUGUUAAAGGAUCUACUGAGUUAUGUUUAGGAACUCAGGGAGGCUUUUUGAAAGGUUAUCAAACUUCUAAUAUGAGAGAAAUAUGGAAGGUAGAAUCACUUGGAUCCUCAAUUGAAAGUAUUAUAUCCAAUCCAGUAAAUGAUAAAUUGUUUGCAACCGUUAGUGAUGGAAGAUCAGCUGUUUUGUGCUAUGAUAAUACUGGAAUACCUAGAGAAAAAUUUCAGUUAGAUGAAACAGAAACAUUUCAAUGGAGUUAUUGUGGCAAAAAGGCAGUUUGUGCAUACUAUGACAAUGCUUAUAUAUAUGAUAUAAAUACCAGUAAAAAGAUAUUAAAAAUAUAUCAUGCUGAUUCUUUAAAUUCAUUCUACACACGAUCGGCUCCUUCAUUUUCUCCUGACGACAAAAUGAUACUAUUUGAAGGAAUGCUUUUUGACACCCGUGCUGGAAAAAUAAUACAUAAAUUUGAUAAGUUAUCAAAGAAUUCAUAUGGAGUUUGUAAUCCUAAUAAUGUGGAACUAAUACUGAAUUCUGAAAUAUGGGAUAUGAGGACAUUCAAUUUAGUAAAGAUUAUUCCCGAGUUGGAGUCAUGUCAAUUUAGAUUCAAUAGCCAAGGAGAUGCUAUGUAUUGCUUAUCUUCAAGUUGCGAAAUUGAUGAUGACAAUGAAGAAAAAAAGAAAACUCAUGCUUUUAAAGUGUAUGAUGCUAAAUAUUACGAUCAGCUUGGAAGCGUUGAUCUUUCUACCUAUGCUGACGAUGUUGCUAUAGAUGAUAGGGAUUUAACAGCAGCAUUUGUUGUCUGGUCAACGGAUAGAGAGAAUGACUUAAAAGAAGUGAAAUUAGCAGAUAUAGGCGGAGUUACUGUUAAGGAGGAAGAGGACGAAGAUAAAGAAGAAGAAGGAAGCGAUUUUGGUAGCGAUAUUGACAUUAAUGACGGUAAUAUCCUGGAUUCACUUUCUACAGGUUCCGAAAGCGAUCUUCCAAUGACGCCUGAUACAGAUUCAGAAGAAUUCAACUGGGAUGAAAUGGGAUUAGAAGAGUCCAAUAGUAACACAGAGUGGGAAACUGAAGACUCGGACGACAACAUUCGCUAUGAGCUAUCUGACAAUUCUAAUCUCUUAUAAAAGCCCAGCGUUAUGUGGUUCCUGGGUACUUUGUUUAUUUUUGAAUGUAUAUAUUGUACGAGCUUUGUUAAUAAAGCUUUUUAUGAAAACAAUUGCAGGAAUCUUUAGUUGUGAUGCCAUAGUUCUAUUUAAUUAUACUUGUUCAUCCUCUUUAAGAUUAUUUUCUGAAUUGUCAAUAAUUUUAAAGGUCACCUUUGUCGUCCUCGGUCGACAAAUGAUAACUAAUCCCAAUGUUAAUUGUUUAAUUUUAUUAUAAAUAUAACUUGAAAAAAAAUGAAUUCAAGACUGACAGAAAGGAUAUAAUCAAUUUUAAUACUUUUGCA